CGAGCAGGAUACGAUGUGCGGGAUCUUCGCCUACCUCAACGUCGAUGUGCCGCGGGAGAGGCGAUUCAUCCUCGAGCUCCUCUUCAACGGGCUCAGGCGGCUGGAAUACAGGGGAUAUGAUUCAGCUGGCAUCUCCAUCGAUUCCGAUCAGAGGCCUCCCACUUCCAAGUCGCUCUCGCUGCGCACCCCUCCCCCGCUCGUCUUCCGCGAGGAAGGGAAGAUCGAGAAGCUCGUCACCAAUGUCUACCAAGAGGCUUACCAGAGCGAGCUGGACUUGGAGCUGUGCUUCAGCAACCAUGCCGGGAUUGCGCACACAAGGUGGGCAACUCACGGCCUUCCCUCGCCGCGCAACAGCCAUCCCCAGUCAUCUGGAGCUGGGAAUGACUUCCUCGUCGUUCACAACGGCAUUAUCACCAACUAUAUGGUGCUGAAAGAAACGCUGCUGCGCCACGGUUUUGAAUUCGAGUCCGAGACUGAUACCGAGGUCAUUCCCAAGCUUGCCAAGUUCGUGCACGACAGGCUGUCCGAGGGUAAGCAUCUGGGACUAGUCUCCCAUUUAAUGCGUCCCCUCCUUAACUUUUUUGCAGAAGCCGCGGAUGUCUCGUUCACGCAAGUAGUGAUGGAAGUUAUGAGGCAGCUCGAGGGAGCGUAUGCACUCAUCUUUAAGAGUCCUCACUAUCCCAAUGAGCUCGUGUCGUGCAAAAGAGGUAGCCCGCUGCUCCUAGGAGUCAAGGAUGCCGGCGAGGAGUAUGCCAAAGCCGAUGCUUUCGAAGCCGAUCUCACCACGGCAAACGGGAUCAAGAAGCCCAAGGAGAUCUUCCUAGCAAGUGAUGCGGCAGCCGUGGUUGAGCAUACAAAGCGGGUCAUGAUCAUUGAGGACAACGAAGUCGUCCAUAUCAAGGAUGGAAACAUCUCCAUUUUCAAGUUCGAUUCCGACAAAGCAAGAAAGCCUGGGGGUCUAUCGAGGCCAGCAUCGGUUCAGCGAGCCCUUUCUCUUCUUGAACUUGAAGUUGAACAGAUCAAGAAAGGCAACUACGAGCACUACAUGGAAAAGGAGAUUUUUGAGCAGCCAGAAUCGCUGACGACAACCAUGCGCGGCCGCCUCAUUCGUGGGGGUGAAUCCAAGCUGAAGAGUGUUGUUCUAGGAGGUCUCAAAGAUCAUCUGAGGACAAUGAGGCGAAGUCGGCGAAUCAUUUUUAUCGGCUGCGGCACCAGUUACAAUGCUGCACUGGCAGCAAGGCCGAUCAUUGAGGAGCUUUCCGGUGUUCCGGUCACAAUGGAACUGGCAAGCGAUCUGCUCGAUCGACAAGGCCCAAUAUACAGGGAAGACACUGCUGUUUUCGUCAGUCAAUCCGGAGAGACUGCUGACACUCUACAGGCUCUCGAGUAUGCCAAUUCCCAUGGAGCUCUUUGCGUCGGUAUAACCAACACUGUGGGUAGUGCUAUUGCUCGUGGCACCCAUUGUGGAGUGCACAUAAAUGCCGGAUGUGAGAUUGGAGUGGCGAGUACUAAGGCAUAUACAAGCCAAAUAGCAGUUAUGACUAUGUUGGCUCUGGCGCUUGGGGACGAUUCAAUGUCCAGCCGGAACAGAAGAGAAGAAAUUGUGGACGGACUUUUUGACCUUCCAAAUAAAGUCAAGGAGGUGUUAAAACUAGACAAAGACAUGAAGGAGCUGGCCAAGCUACUCACCGAAGAGCAGUCGUUGUUAAUAUUUGGGCGAGGUUACAACUACGCUACUGCUUUGGAGGGCGCCUUGAAAGUCAAGGAAGUUGCUCUGAUGCACAGCGAAGGGAUUCUAGCAGGGGAAAUGAAGCACGGCCCGCUUGCGUUAGUCGACGAGACACUGCCGAUAAUAGUCAUUGCAACGCGAGAUGCUACCUUCAGUAAGCAGCAGUCUGUUAUCCAACAGCUUCGAGCCAGAAAAGGCCGACUGAUCGUCAUAUGCACAAAGGGCGAUGCGGAAGCGGUCUGCCCCUACGGCGUGUCUCGAGUCAUCGAAGUUCCCCGAGUUGAAGACUGCCUACAACCUGUUAUCAACAUUGUGCCGCUUCAGCUCCUUGCGUACCACCUGACCGUGUUGCGGGGUUACAACGUGGAUCAGCCACGCAACCUGGCAAAAAGCGUCACAACACAGUGAAUAAGAGUGGCAUAUACAUACAUCAAAGAACACAGCUCUUUUGGUUGUGCCAACGAGAAGUGACAAGAAUUUUGUAACAUUUACAACGCUUGAACGACGCGAGAAAGCACCGCAA